UAAAUCUCCGCCUUCCCAUAGCAACAACAAGUUAUGUGUCAGCCUCAGGGUAUUGGUAUUUUUGAAUGGACAAGAGCACGGAGGACUGAGACAACUUCUUUUUAUAACCACGUGGACCCAUUCAAAGGAUCACAUUAUUUAGCUCAGAGACUCUCAAAUUCAGCAAAACUCACUGGCCAUAAUGGAUGUGUGAACACUGUCUCGUGGAAUGCUGAUGGAUCUCGUCUUCUCUCAGGAUCUGACGACUGUCAUUUAAACAUAUACGAUGUACUAAAGAGAAAAUUACUGCUCUCAUUUCAUUCCUCUCAUCGCUCAAAUAUCUUCAGUGCCAAAUUUUUACCUUCACCAUGUGACUAUAAGUGUGUAUCUUGUGCUGGCUUGGGAUCUGUUGAAUUCUCAGAAUUUACUCCGUCUGGUGACUAUCUUCCUCAUUCCUUCAAUUGUCAGAACUCUAUCACAUAUCAGGUAACUACAACUCCUUGUGAUCCUAAUGAAUUCCUAACCUGUGAGGAGAGAGGGUACGUCCGUUUGUUUGAUCUGAGGAUAAAGUCAUCCUGUUCUUGUGAAGGCUGUGAUAAGGAUGUCCUUUAUGCAUUUCCAUGCGGUGUGACAAGUCUAUCAGUCCAUCCCCUGUCUCCUAAUUACUUAUCCCUGGGAUUAGGUGAUGGUACGGUCUGCCUUAUGGACAGGAGGGUCACUGGGUACAAUGGGCCAGAGGCCUCACAUCAAACUCCUACACUAUUAGGUACCAAGGCCUGCGUGAGUCGCUUUAAACCAGAGUCUCUAUCAAAGAAACCUUUUAAGAUAACGAGCCUCCAGUUUAACGAGACUGGAUCAGAGCUCCUCGUCAAUUACAGUGAAGACUAUCUUUAUUUAUUCAGUAGUUGCUUGAUUGGUUGUGGUGGGGAUAUUAAUACUAGGGUAAGUAGGCCCUCGUCAUCCCGUUAUACUGCUAGUCGUAGCGAAACCCGUCGUAAAGAGAAUACCUCAAGUUCUUCUGCUUCAUCUAAGAGUAACUUUACGCCACCGACCAAAAGGCUUCGGCUUCGAGGUGACUGGUCGGACACUGGGCCUGACGCUCGCCCGGAAAAUACUCAAGAAAGAGACGAGGAAGAAAGAGAGGAAGGGGGAGAGAGCGAAAGUAGAGGCAGUCGCAGUACAUUCAUGAAUAGAAUGUCUCACUUGUUUGCACGUUGGAUUGAUGAGUCACUUAGUUCUAACAGUAGUAAUCUGACUAGUGUACCAUCCACUGGUGGCACAGUGAACUCUACCCGAGAUGGUGAAGUGAGCUCGGUACACAGUGAGGACUCUUCAUUUCAGUUAUUCAGUGAUGAGGAAUCUGAUGAAGAGUCUUCAACAGGUGAUCCUAAGACACCAACAGCAUCACUGACCACUGCAAUGGCAUCUUGCAGUACAGACUCACCUCACAAAGCAAGGCCAGGUGUGAGUACUAGUGAUAGAGGGAGGGAGGAAGAGGAGGAAGAGGAGGAGAGAGGAGAGAGAAGAAGAGGAAGAGAGAAGGAAGAAGAGCCCAAUAAAAGAGGAAGAGGGCAAUCAUAUACUCGGGCAAGACAAGUGACUCGAUCAGCUAGUGAUGGAUUGGCAAGCCCAUUGAGAUCAUUAGCAGUAAGAACAUUAGAAGAAGAGGAGAAGGAGGAGGAUCGUGAAGUAACUCCUAACCCUGGAAGAGAGAACACUGAUGGUGGCUCAGUAGAAAAUGAUGCUUCUACUGGAGCUAGAGUUUCUAGAGGAGGCAGUAGAAUACAGCUAGUGGAGGGAGAGAGUGAUAGUGAUGACCUGAGAGAGGAGAGAGAGGAAGAGAGAGACUACUGUUCAAUUAAUGAUGAGAUUGAUGAUGAAGAACAGGAGAAAGACUUGAAAGUCAUCAAGUCAAAUAACCAGCCACUGAUGAUGUACCAAGGACACAGGAACGCUAGAACAAUGAUAAAACAAGCUAAUUUCUGGGGUAAUGAUUUCAUUAUGAGUGGGAGCGAUUGCGGACGGAUAUUUGUAUGGGACAAGUGGACUGGGGAGAUUGUUAAUGCACUAGUUGGCGACUCUCAUGUUGUCAAUUGUGUACAACCACAUCCUUGCUCCUGCUUAUUAGCUACAAGUGGUAUAGAUUACGAUAUAAAGCUAUGGGAGCCGGUCUCUGAUGAUCCCUGUGACUUAAGUGAUCUUGAUAGCAUCAUACUCCGGAAUGAGACGAUGCUUCAGGAGAGUCGGAACACGAUAACCGUCCCUUCGUCGUUCAUUCUUCACGUGUUAGCUUAUCUCAAUCGUAGGAGGAGGAUGAGAGGUGAAGAAAACAAUGCAACAGAUGAAGAAGAAUCAAAUUGAUUUAUAAUAAUGAUAGCAAUAAUAAUAAUAAUAAUUAUAAUUAUGCAAAUAUUCAUUAUGAUUAUUGACGUUAUUUUUUAUUAUUAAGAAGUGUUAAUAACAUAAG